AUGGCUCCGAAAAAAGGGAAAAAGAACUCCAAGAAGAACGCCGUCACGGCUGCUGGCUCGGAUGACCUGGAUGACCUGCUGAAUGAGUUUGCUCCCACGAACACUGCCAAGCAGCAGCCCAACCAGGAGGAUGAGAAGGAAGACCAAUCGCAGGAGAAGGAGUCGGACGUGGAUGCCGCUGCCGCCGCGUACCUGGCGUCUCUUGGUGUGGCUCCUGUCGCCGGAGGUGAGAAGAAGGACGACAAGAAGAAGAAGAAAAAGGGCAAGAAGAAGCCGAAUGCCGACGUUAAGAAGGACGACGAUAAGAAACCCAUGUCGGCUGCAGCCAAGGCCCUGAUGGAGCGCCAGACAGCCAUUAAGGCCGAGCAGGAGCGUGUCGAGCAGGAGCGUCUGGAGCAGGAGCGCAUCGCCGAGGAGGAAGAGGCCAAGCGCCUGGCAGAGAUUGAGCGGGAGGAGGAGAUCCGACGCAAGAAGAAAGAGGCGCGCGCCGCCAAGAUCGAGCGUCAGAAAAAAGAGGGUACGUACAUGACCAAGGCUCAAAAGCAGAAGGCGGCCAAAGCCCAGGCUGCUCUCGAGGCCAUGCAACAGGCGGGUCUCGUUCCCGAUGCUGCUGGCGAGAAGAAGAAGGUUGCGGAGGCCCCCGAUGCCUGGGAUGACGAGGACUGGGAGACCAGCGAUGUUGUGGCCUCGCUGGAGGACAAACUGCUGGAAGUCAAAGAAGAGGAUGCCGCUGCCGAUAGCGACAGCGAGGGAGACGAGGAUCUGCUGGUGCUGGAGCAAAAGAAGGAGCAGGAGCGUCUGCGUCAACAGGGAAUCGCUCUGAAGAAGCGCCAGGAGGAGCAGGCCGAGCAGAUGCGUCUGGACGCCGAGGAGGAACGUCAGCGCUCCAAGGCAAAGCUCGAGGCUGAUCGAAAGAAGAAGGAGGCAGCUGAGCGUCGUCAUAAGCGCGAGGCCGCUGCUCGUGCCAACGUGUCCUUGGAUAACCUACGAUCGCCUAUUUGCUGUAUCAUGGGGCACGUCGAUACUGGUAAGACAAAGCUUCUUGACAACAUUCGCAAGACCAAGGUGCAGGACGCCGAAGCUGGUGGUAUUACUCAACAAAUUGGUGCGACUUUCUUCCCUGUGGAGGCUAUUAAGCAGAAAACGGCACGCCUUGCCGAGACAAUGAAGCUGGAGUACCGCUUGCCUGGUCUCCUCGUGAUUGAUACGCCCGGUCACGAGUCGUUCACGAAUCUGCGUACACGUGGUUCAUCGCUCUGUGAUAUCGCCAUUCUGGUGGUGGAUAUCAUGCACGGUCUGGAGCCGCAGACUCUGGAGUCACUGCGUCUGCUGCGUCAGAAGAAGGCCCCGUUUGUGGUGGCCCUUAACAAGAUCGAUCGUUGUUACGGCUGGAAAACCAUGCCCGACAUGCCCGUGCAGGAGGCACUGAAGCACCAGAACGAGCACGUUAUUCGCGAGUUCGAGGAUCGCAUGAAGGCGAUCAUUGUGGAGUUUGCUGAGCAAAAGCUGAAUGCUGAGGUGUACUGGCGCAACAAGGACUUGGCCCACACGGUAUCUCUCAUCCCGACUAGUGCUAUCUCAGGUGAAGGUGUGGCGGACCUGUUGAUGAUGCUGACGCGGUUGACACAGGAGCGCAUGGCCAAGUCGCUGGCGUUCGUCGACAUCCUGCAGUGUACCGUGCUGGAAGUGAAGGUCAUUGAAGGUCUUGGUACAACGAUUGAUACGAUUCUGGUGAACGGUACACUAGAGGAAGGUGCAACCAUUGUUGUUUGUACGCUGGACGGACCAGUUGUGACAACGAUCCGUUCUUUGCUGACUCCGCACCCUAUGAAGGAGAUCCGUGUCAAGGGCGAGUACCUUCACCACCAGAAGAUGAAGGCCGCUAUGGGUGUGAAGAUUUGCGCUCAGGGCCUUGAGAAGGCAGUCGCCGGUACGCAGAUUUACGUGGUCGGCCCCGAUGAUGACGUUGAGGAGCUGAAGGAUUCCGUCAUGUCCGAUCUGACGGGUAUUCUGGACUCCGUGAAGGCUACCCGCCGCGGUGUCAUGGUUCAGGCGUCCACCCUCGGUGCCUUGGAGGCGCUUCUGGAGUUCUUGCGCACGUGUGACCCGCCAAUUCCAGUGUCCUGCGUGAACAUCGGCCCAGUCCACAAGAAGGACGUCAUGCGUGCUUCGGUGCAGCUGGAGCACCAGCCUGAGUUUGCCACCAUCCUGGCGUUCGAUGUGAAAGUCCACAGUGACGCUACUGAGCUGGCCACAGAGCUUGGGGUGCGCAUUUUCACUGCCGAUAUCAUUUACCACCUGUUUGAUCAGUUCACGGCGUACAUGGACAACUUCCGCAUGGCUCGUCGUGAGGAGUUCGCCGAGGUGGCUGUAUUCCCGUGUGUGCUGAAGAUUCUGCCCAAUUGCGUUUUCAACAAGAAAGACCCGAUUAUUCUUGGUGUGGACGUCGAGGAAGGUAUCCUCAAGAUCGGUACCCCCCUCGUGGUGCCGUCCGCCGCCGGUUUCCUGGUCGGCAAGGUGGGCUCUAUUGAACGUGAGCAUAAGGAGGUGGACCGCGCCAAGAAGGGAGCGUCUGUGGCCGUUCGGAUAGACAACGAGGGGAGCGUCAUGUACGGCCGUCACUUCGACCACAAGGACAAACUGGUGUCGCGUCUGACCCGUCAGAGCAUCGACGCACUCAAGGAGAAUUUCCGGGAAGACUUGCAGAAGGAGGAUUGGCAGCUCGUCAUCAAGCUCAAAAAGGUGUUCGAUAUCAUUUAG